AAGAAAGACUUUUGUCCUGUGGGCGUUUCCCGAGUGAUCAUUUUGGGGUCACGUGCCGUGUCAUGACAACUGCCCAACCCACAUUGCAGAGGAAGUCAAGCGCACUUCUUCCCGAGAAACUGCAGAGUUCACCAUGUGUUUGAGUGCUCGUACUUUAGUAGUAAUAAUAGUGACACUGUUCGUUUUUGCAACUGCAGAUGAGGUUACGCAGUCAGAGUCUGUUGAUUUCAUCGAUGAGGACCUGUGUGACGAUGUCGACUGCCCGUCCAACGAGCACUGCGAGAUGACAGUGGAGACAGGACCGAUCUGCGUCUCGUGCGUCGUCCACGAGCAGUGCCCCACUAAGCCGAAGCUAGUAUGCGGAAGCGACGACAAGACGUACUUGAAUGAGUGCCACAUGCGACGUUCGGCUUGCGAAAACGGCAAGAAGCUGGCUGUAAAAAGUGAAGGAGCAUGUGGUGCUUUACCUUUUGACCCCUGCCUGAGCAUUCUUUGCAGUCCUGGCUAUAAGUGUGAGAUGGAAAUAGAAGAUCGUAGUGAGGCAACUCUCACUCCCAGGUGUGUUUGUUCUGAUUCUGACGGCAAGUGUGCUGAUGAGGAAGAAGUAGAGAAACCAUGUGGAGAUCACACGUGCAAGUCGUUUGAGGACUGUAUUAUCAAUAGGGAGAACUUGCAUGUCUGCUGUCUAAUGAACUGCUCAUCUCCUGCUGCCAUUCAACAGUUUCAUCGUCCCGUUCCUCUUUGUGGCAGCAACAAAAUUAUCUACAGCAGCCUCUGUCUUUUGGAUAAAAUCAGAUGUUUGACUGGCAAGACUGUUGAUGUUGAACCCAUAAUAGAUGACUGUAUUUCUCAUGAAAGUUCACAUCAGUGUGGGUCGAAGGACAGAAUAUGCUCUCCGUUUCAGUUAUGUGCUAGACAUGACUCUGGUUUUAGUUGUUGUCCCACAAGUUGCCCUGAUUUGGAAAAGAAGGUGUGUGGUACUGAUGGACACGUUUAUACCAAUACUUGUCACAUGUUGAGACAUGCCUGUAUGAGUGGACAAGAAAUAGAAAAGCAAGACAUGAUACAUUGCAGCAAAUCAUGUAAACUGCACCAUCGAACUCGUGAAGCAAUGAGUGGCUCGAAGUACACACUACAUCAAGACAGCUGCACAGAAUGCACCUGUAAUAAUGGAGAAUGGCUGUGCGACAGUAGUCCUUGCAUGAAGAAGUUGCUGCACUGAAUGACUGCAGAGUCGGGGACAGCAGCAAGUGUACAAAUUUGAAAAAGUGCAAGAAACACUAGUUUAAAAGUGAACUUCAUGUUUGUCACGCCUUAGGUGUGACCAGCUUUUGAAGGAACGGUGAUUUGUUGUAGAUGUAGUUGUAGUUUUUCUCAUAGAGUACAUUCUGUUGCUUGUUUUGCGUAGACGUCAAGAAAAUAUGAUUAUUUCUUCUGACUGUA